GGAGCGGGCGGCGAGCGCGGUGGCGGCCUGCGCCUUCUUUAGGGGCUGAGGUGAGAGGCGGUAGCGGGGAGGGGGCGGUGCAGCCCGGCUCUGCGGCCGUCACCUGCGCCGCCGGCCGUCCCCGCUAUCUCCGGAGCGCGGCCGGGCAGAUGCCCCGGCUGGAGAGCGGCGCCUGGAGCUGCUCCUGCGCGGCCCGUGCGCGGCACGCGGCGCGGCCCGGGGAAGCGGCCCCCAAGGCGGGCGCCAUGCGGAGCCCAUCGCCCAGCGCGGGACGUGCGAUGCGGGACGGCACGACGUGGAGGCAGCACCUGGUGCAGCGCAGCGUCGUGCUCUUCGUGGUGGGCGCCUUCAUGGCGCUGGUGCUGAACCUGCUGCAGAUCCAGCGCAACGUCACGCUGUUUCCCGACGAGGUCAUCGCCACGCUCUUCUCCUCCGCCUGGUGGGUGCCGCCGUGCUGCGGGACUGCGGCAGCUGUUGUUGGCCUGCUGUACCCCUGCAUUGACAGCCACCUUGGGGAACCACACAAGUUCAAAAGAGAGUGGGCGAGCGUGAUGCGCUGCAUAGCAGUUUUUGUUGGCAUUAAUCACGCAAGUGCUAAACUAGAUUUUGCCAACAACGUCCAGCUAUCCCUGACUCUUGCAGCCUUAUCACUGGGUCUUUGGUGGACAUUUGAUCGUUCAAGAAGUGGCCUCGGACUUGGAAUUACAAUAGCAUUUGUAGCAACUCUGAUAACCCAGUUCCUUGUAUAUAAUGGUGUUUAUCAGUACACAUCCCCAGAUUUUCUGUACAUCCGUUCUUGGCUUCCAUGUAUAUUUUUCUCAGGAGGUGUGACUGUAGGAAACAUAGGACGCCAACUGGCUAUGGGUAUUCCAGAGAAACCACACAAUGACUAAAUCCUCGGAGGAGAGAGCGUGGUGCCAGUGUGAGAGCAACAUUAAGAAGAUGUGUUCCUGUUUUAAAUUGAAGAUUAUUUAGCAAAAAAAUAAUCUCUUUAUGGGCUCACUGCACAAAUGACUUGUGGGGGGAAAAAAAAAAAUUAUUAAUCCACUCUUAGAAUAGCCAAGUGAAAUUAACUGCUUAUCUUGAAAUCUUACCCUGAUUUACUGCAUAAGCAUUUGCAUAUGGCUGUUCUCUGGAAGAGUUUAACACCAAGUUGAAUACAAGAGUUCAGGCUAAGUGGCAGUUUUCCAAGUAUUAGAAUCCAAUGUAAGUUAUUGAAGCAGCUGCCGUAUUUUCAAAGCCUUGAAACUGAAAUUUAAUUACAAGCUCCUGUAUCAGUGCCCAAAGGAAGUAGAUCGAUGGUGCUUAACAAUGAAGAAGUAUGGUUUAAUAGGAAUAGUAUUUAUCCAAAUCUUAUAAAAAUAUAGGGUUAUUUAAAAGUAAGAGUGAUCAAAACCAAUUAGAGGCAUUGCACUAAUGCUUUUAGGAGUCUUAUGAAGGAAUCAUGCCCUUACUUGUAAUGCUGCAUUGAGUUUGUCUUUGGAGGAGUCAGAGGGAUGAAAGACUGUCACCUGGUUCUGAAUUUAUAAAUUACUUGUAUCAUAGGUGAACACUGGAGACAAUCUUAUUCCAAGGUGAACUUUCACAAGAAAUUGUGACUGAAAGGUUGCUUGCUUCACAAGCAAGCAGACUUGAGCAUAUUUAGUUUUGGCCCUAAUUUAGUAAGAACUUAAAUGUGUGUGAUUAUUCCAACUUAAAAUUAGGCUCAAGUUUCAUUGUCUCACCAAAGUCAGUCUUCAGGUACCUUAAAUGUCUGGUGUGACUGAAAGUUAUGUGUGGUGCAGGUAUUUGUGGCCAUUGAGCGUGUGCCCCAGCUCCUGGGGAGGCUGGAGUUUCCUCCCAGGCUGUGUGUGAUCUUGCAUGUGUUUGAGUCAGGGCUUUGACUGAAGCGUUUGGAAACAAAAGCAGGCCUAAAAUGUGAUAUAAAAUGUGAUAUAUACUGUGUGAAGAGUAGCAAACAGCUCACUUACUCAGUUUUUAAGAGAUCACUGCUUAUUUUUAUCACAACCCUAUGGAACUUGCAAUCUGUGAUUGCCUUGUAUAGAAAAAAAAAAAGCAAAAACAACAAAAAAGUGCUUACGUCACUACAUUAAACAUUUGGUGUUUCUUAAUACUUAGUUCUGUGAGCACAAUGUAUUUGUUUGAUAGCUUAGACCACAGUGGACCUAAAUAGCAAGUAUUAGGUCUUAAAAUCGAAGUGCAAUGUACAGUAAAAAUCUGAGCCUCAUAUUCUCUUCAAUAGUGAUCAUUUCUUAUGACAGAUUAAAGAGAAAAGGGUUCUGAGUUCAUUUCAAUGCUGCAUGGAGUCAAAUGGAGCAAUAAUUUAUUUAACUAGUUCUGUUGUACUUUUCAUCAAACCCAAAUUUUUAGAAAUACUCCAGUUUUGUGGUUAUGGUGUACUUGUAAACUUUUAUGCAUUUGCCUUUUUGUAUUCUACAAUUAUUGUGUUGUGUUCAUUUCUAAUCUUACAUGGCUUCAGAUAUAAAUAGAGACAUCUGUUAAAGAGCAGCCCAUCCAAAAAGAUGUUGAGUCAAGGUAGCAGCAUUCUGGCUGUUCUCACUCUUCAAAGGGAAUGCUGUAGCUGCUGCUUGUGCUUUUUUAUAGGAAGAGUUUUGUACAAAGGCGUAUUACAAAACAGACCCCAAUUCUAAUCUUGCUUGGUGUAAAUUAAGAGUAAUUUUCACUGGCAUCAGAUCCUUCUAUCCUUCCUCAAACACUUAAAACCCCAAUAAUCACAUUUUUGUAGAACCACUUGAAGAGAUCAGGUCCUUGGAUUGAGACUGGGUCAGCUCAGAUAUCAAGAAAUAUGCUGCCUGCUGGAAAGACAGUUUUGUAACAGUCUUAAGAGACCAUUUUUCAAAACUAUAAAACCAGAUGUAAGUAAAGAUGACUGUGCUCUUUGCAUGUAAUUGAUAGAAAACAAAGUAUUUAUUUGCAAAGACAAGCUAAAUCUGUGUUACAAAUACCGUAGCCAAAAAAAAUGUGAAUCAGAAGUUCAUUUCUUGCCAAUACUUUUAAGUAUCUGAACCAAAGUGAUUUAAGUUUGGAAGUGACGAGAGGGGAGUGAAGAAAAUUUGCACUAUUCCGAAUUUGAACACUUAAAUUCUCAUUCUUACAAAUAAGUUUUCAGCAGUAUGUUUGGUUUUACACUUUUUUUACUAUUAAAGUUUUAUGAUCAAGUCA